AGAAUGAUUGCAGCAGUCAUGUUUGUAAGACCGACGACGGCGAUUUACAUUCUGCGUGACAUUGUUAUUUUUUUUCGCUCAUGUUGCUUCGUAUGUGCUUUGGCCAUAUUUUCAAUUUCCGUAAAUAUUGAAACUUUCGUUGGAUGAAAAAGUAGAAAUUACCAAAGAACACUUCGGGCACAUUGUGUGAAUAUUUGAAUAUCGCUUACUAAUGUUCAAUAAUAAUAAUAAAUAUAGAAAAACACAAGCCCAUUUAAUUACGGCAUUAAGUGAGCGAACGAGUGAAAAAGAAAACAUUGCAAAAAAUUGAUGAGGAAAAUUUAUUAAGUGAGAAAAUUUAGUGGCAGAAAAUUGAAUUGGGAAAAUCACAGCAAAGUAAAAGGGAGAGAGAGAGACUGACUGCAUCGCAGCAGUAAAAUCCAAGACUGAAAAGACCACAAACUUAAGUGGAUAAGUCGAUGAAAUAAGGCCAAAUCCAUCGAGAUAGACAGUUGUGUGCUGCAUUGUGUUAGGUUUUCGGGGGCAAAUGAACCAUUUUUGUUGAAGAUGUCGGAGCGGAAAAAGAUAUCACCAUCGACAAAGCAUAGUCGCCGUCAAUUGCGCGAACGUAAACAACGUAAAGCAUAUUCAGACUACUUAAUUGACGAUGAUCAUGAGGGAGCUCGAGGAUUUAGUGUUGCCGAAAAAUUGGAAUCAGCACGAUUCGCACAGGUGGAUAUGGUUCGUGAGAUGAAAGGUCAUGACUUGACGAUCUCAUUUUUCCAACAGUAUGGCUUUAACAUACCGUUGCUGUUCAAAGAGAAAACUGGCUUGGGUUUGCGUGUACCAUCAUCUGAUUUUUCAGUAAGCGAUGUGCGUAUGUGUGUCGGAUCAAAGCGUUUAUUAGAUGUUAUGGAUGUAAAUACGCAGAAAAAUUUGCGUAUGACAAUGAAGGAAUGGCAACAGUAUUACGAAGAUCCACAUAAAACGCGUCUCUUGAAUGUUAUAUCGUUGGAAUUUUCGCACACAAAACUUGAUAAUUAUGUGCAAAGCCCAUCAAUUGUACGGAAUUUGGAUUGGGUUGAUGUUGUAUGGCCGAGACAAUUGAAAGAGGCUCAAGUCGAUGCAACCAAUUCAUUGGACGGCAUGAUGUAUCCCAAAGUGAAAAAAUACUGUUUAAUGUCAGUGAAAAAUUGCUACACUGAUUUUCACGUGGAUUUUGGUGGCACUAGCGUUUGGUAUCACAUAACACGUGGGAGUAAGGUGUUUUGGUUAAUACCACCGACUGAGAAGAAUUUACAAUUAUAUGAGAAAUGGGUUCUCUCUGGUAAACAGUCAGACGUCUUUUUUGGCGAUACAGUGGAAAAAUGUUGCAGAGUUUAUCUUACCGCCGGCAAUACAUUUUUCAUUCCGACCGGUUGGAUUCAUGCUGUCUACACACCAACCGAUUCGCUGGUGUUCGGUGGGAAUUUCUUGCAUUCGUUUGGUAUUUUAAAACAAUUGAAAAUUGCCAAGGUGGAGGAUACAACAAAAGUACCACAAAAAUUUCGUUAUCCAUUCUUUACGGAGAUGUUGUGGUAUGUGCUAUCAAAAUACGUGCAUACAUUGUUGGGACGUUCGCAUUUAGAGGGCGAAGCAAGUCGUGAAGAUGAGCUUGUCGAUCAACCACAUAUCCAUUUAACACAUUACGAAUUAUUUGGUCUCAAGGAAAUUGUUAUGUAUCUGUAUGAUUUGCCGCCACAACGUAAAAAUGUGCCCGAAUUAAUCAAAGAUCCGGUUCAAUUGAUCAAAGAUGUACGGAGCUUGGUUGAACGUCAUUGUAAAGAUAGUCCAGAAUUGGCAAUUACGGGCAAACCCGUUUUACAUCCAGAUUCGAACCAAUCGGCUAAUGCACCGAAUCAACAGUUACCCAAUGAAGAAUCCGUUGAUGAUGCUAGUCAUAUUGAGCCGAAAAAUAAUAUUAAAAUUGACAAUAAAGAUGACGAAUCACAAAGUUUUCAACCACCAAAAAUGAUUCCGACAAAUAAACCGGUAUCAAAAGGUGCCAACAAGAAAAAUUCAUCAGACGCUACCAAUGGCAAUGAACGAAGCAAUGGCAAUACGUCGAAUGCACCGCGACGAAGACGCAGACGAUGCAAAGUUUGUGUACCAUGUAAUUCAACCGAAUGUGGACAAUGUGCAUUUUGCUUAGAUAUGAUAAAAUUCGGUGGUCCGGGUCGAGCAAAGCAGACAUGCAUGAUGAGACAAUGUGUGUCUCCAAUGUUACCUGUAACUGCUCAGUGCGUUUUUUGCCAUUUGGAUGGUUGGCAUAAGCAGCCAGUAACAUCGCCUCAAGUCAAAUCACAAAUAACACAAGAAUUGGGCCCAUCAUCGUUGAUGGAAUGUUCGGUCUGUUAUGAAAUUACCCAUCCGGAAUGUGCGCAGAAAGCUUGCGGCGAUGGAGUUCAAGUGAAUGGUGUGGUUAAUGAAGAUUUGCCAAAUUCAUGGGAGUGCUUACUUUGUUGUCGGUCAGGAAAAAAUACUGAUUAUAAGCCUCGUCAUUUCCGUGCCCGACAAAAGUCAUCUGAAGUUAAGAACAAUGGUGAACUCGCUUCAAUGAGUGGCAACGAAAGCAAAACCAAUGCUGAACAAAAUGAUGAAAAAAAUGGACCAGUAUUAAGUGAUUCUGAUAUGGAUAACAAAUCAAAUAUUAAAAAAAUUAAGGCGAUAAGUCCAAAAUCGCCGGCUAACUCAAUUAAAAAAGAAGAAUUACAUGAGCGUAAAUUCAAACCAGAGCCAAACGAUGACAGCGAAAUGGCUGAACAAAAUAAUCACAAUGACAUUGGCGAUAUGCCGGCCAAGCGUCGAAAAAGUGAUGAUGGCGGUAGUAUUUGUAGUAGUUUACAAGAUGGUGGUACAGAACACACGGAAUCAACAUCAAAUCAUGUUCCGCGUAAGAAAAAUACACUACGAACGCAACUAGCACAGCAGAUACUCAAUUCGUCGUCAAAAUCAUUGCGAAAGCCAUCGUUUGUUGUUCGACCGGUCAAUAAUACGUCGACAAAUUCAUCGACAUCUGGAUCCUCAUCGUCAUCGGGUAGCACACACUAUACCCUCGAUCCAACUGCUUUGUUAGCAAUAUUCCGUUACUUACCACAUGAAACGCUUAUCACUUGUUCGCUUGUGUGCAAAACCUGGUCAAAUGUGUCGGUCGAUCCAAAGCUAUGGAGAAAAAUGAAUUGUUCACAUCACAAAUUGUCGGCAAGUCUUUUAAUGGCAAUUGUACGACGUCAACCAGAGCAUUUAACACUUGACUGGACUAAUUUGGCAAAACGUCAAUUGAAUUGGUUGAUUGCACGUUUGCCGGCAUUAAAAAAUCUUUCAAUGCAAGGCACUCAAAUUGGUGCUGUUUUGGGAUUGCACACAUGCCUUUGUCCACCAUUGCAAAUGCUCGAUUUGAGUUUUGUACGCAGUCUUAAUGACAGUGCCAUACGUGACAUUCUAUCACCGCCAAAAGAUUCACGGCCCGGUCUCACCGAUUCCAAAUCACGUUUGCGCAAUUUAAAAGUACUGAAAUUGGCCGGCACCGACAUUUCGGACGUUGCAUUGCGCUAUAUCACACAAGGUGUACCAUCGCUUGUUCAUUUGAAUAUCAGCUCAUGUCAGCGGGUUACCGAUGCAGGCGUAGCACAAAUUAUGUGCUCACAAAGUGCUAUCAACACAUUGGUUGAAUUAGAUUUAAGUAGUUGCAAACUAGUCACCGAAUUGUGUCUUGAAUAUUUGGCCAAAUGUGAAGCGCUUACAUAUUUGGAUUUACGCCAUGUACCACAAGUUCCAACUCAAGCUGUCAUCAAAUUUGCGGCCAAAUCAAAACAUAAUCUCCAUGUACGUGAUAUAAAGCUAGUUGAUAAACGAAAAUAAAUAUCGAAUGAGGAUGGUGGCGCUGUGUGAGUUUAUGGAACAGGGUUCACAUCAAUCGACGCAUUUGGAGUACAUCACGACACCAGCCAAUGUGUAUCAUUUUGUCUCUCAAAGAAUGGAUUUAGUGCAAAUUGUGUAGUAUUUAACUGUAUUAAGUACACAUUUCAAAGACAAUUUAAGCGAUAAGAUUCGAUUUGUUUUUUUUUUCGCAAUUUUGGUCACCACAAAAGAAUUUACACCCGCAAACACAAUGAAUUGAUUACAGCACAACAAGAAAAAAAAAUUAUAUAAAUAUUUGCUGGCUUUUUGGCCUCAGUAUCCACAUAGAGUUUAUAUAUAUAUAUUUAGUGUAAAUUUAGAAGAAAUGGUUCAAUUGCAAUCUGUUCUGUAUAAUUUUGUUUGUAGUUUAAGUUUGUUUUUAGAUCCACUUGAAAAUAUUUUACUUGACUUGCUUGUAUUGGACUUUUAAAUGAAAAAAAAGAGAACCAAAUCAGAAAACUCUAUUUUUAGGCGAAAUUAUUUUUAAAAAAAUGUGAAAAUUAGUAUAUUUCCUCUUUUGGAGCAAUUUAUAUUUCGGAAAGAUUGAUAUGAAUCAAAUGCAGUGAACCGAUUUAUGUUGUAUUCGAUGCAUAACAUUUUUAGUGCAAAAUCUAAAUUGUAAAAUCACCAAGAACAAUUAUUGAUGUAUUUAAAUAAAGCAUUUCUAUUUGCCAGAAAAUAAAA